AUGUCAGUCCAGCCGCUGAUCACGUUCAAGGCGGGCCAGUGCGAGCUCACCCGUGGAGAUGGUACACAACAGACUGUCAAACCAGUCCAGACGCCUGGCUAUGUCUACCUGUACCAAGGCGAAGAUGAAUUCGUGCAUUUUUGCUGGCGACCCCGCAACAAGACCCUUGAUGAAUCUGAGCUCGACCUCAUUAUGAUUCCCGGCGAUGGCUCUUUCCUCCCCUACACUGGCAAAGACUCGGUCGAAGACUCUGAGAACGUCAAGUCACCUACUGACGGCCGCAUCUUCGUCCUAAAGUUCAACUCAAGUUCACAACGCUACCUGUUCUGGUUACAAUCGAAGUCGCAGCACUCGCGGGGCGACGCAAGCUGGUUCAGCCAGCGCGAUCUCAAGAUCGGACAGAUUGUCGACCUACUACUGAACGGAGAAGAUAUUGACCUACAGGACGAGCUCGCUCGUGUGCAGAAUCCAUCCGCGGGCGAAGACGAAGACGAGACGAUGGAGGAUGUGGAAGGCGCAAACCACUCCGCCAGCCGCGACCGACAUGGCAGUACAGGCGGUGCGGGAGCUGGUGCUACAGGAGGCGACAUCAGAGAAGAAGGCGAAGAGUCUCGAGAAGGCGGUGCUGAUGGUGGUCGAGCGUAG